CAUGGCAGAAUCAUCAUCAGGAGGGACGGCAGACAUACAGUCCGAACGACUCACCACCGAGAUAUCUCUCCUCGAAGCCAUGUAUCCAGGUCGAGUACAAUACAACGAUCGGACACGGGAGGUACAGUAUUCUCGAGGGACAUCCGAUGGUAAUAGUGUUGGCAGAGGCGGAAGCUUGACACUACGAAUACCCAGCACAUAUCUCGCUGAUGCUCUUGCUGCUACCACUUCUUCCAUCCCCCAGACCGACACCGACAAUGGUUUUCCAGAAAUCCUCACCGCACGUGACACAUCAGGAAACGAUAUCCGUACUCAGACGCGGAAGAUGAUGAAGACCGACCUGGAGUUACGACAGGGAGAGGAAGUUCUGGAUCAGAUAUUAAUGGCAUUUGAUGAGUUGGUUGAUGAGAGGGAAGGGGGUGGUGAUGAUGGUGGUGGUGGUGGUGGUGAUCAGGAUUAUCAAGGUGACGGCGACGGUCAUGAUCACACUACUCAACCCAAGACGGUUGUUAUUCGUAAAACCGUCAUUAUUUGGUUACAUCAUCUUCUAGCGACGUCGAAGCGGAAAUUGGUGACAUCUCCUACUUCACUUUCAGGAAUCUCGAAACCCGGAUAUCCAGGAAUCCUGAUCUACAGUGGUCCAACCGAGCUGGUGGAUGCACAUGUACGAGAUCUGAGGGCUUUGAAGUGGCAGGCAUUUCAGGUGAGGUGGGAUUCGGUGGAUGAGGAGAGACACCGGCAGGAUCAGCAUGACGAGGAUAAGGAUAUGGACCAAGAAGCACGAGACAUGACUACAGAGUGGGAAUUCACUCACGGUAAGGGAAAGGUGGUGGAGGUGGCAACUAUGGCAGACUUGGUUGGUGCCAUAGUCAAGGAAACACAUAGACAAGUCGUUCUGAAAGUCCUGGGAGUCAAGUGA